GUCCUAAACCCUAAACCCCCCAAAGAAAAAGGAAAAAUAAUAAUUUUUAGUUAUAAGCGUUCCUGCACUCCGCUCGCGCCUCAGGAGCGUCGCCUUCCUCAGUCCCUCUAGUCUUGGAGCUUCCAAGUUCAUCAGCCUGCCCAAAUUCGAAUCCCGCCUCUGCCAUUGGGAAACAUUUUACUGGGUUUUGUAUGCAAUGAGAAUCAAGGAUAUGUCAGAUGGGGAAGGAUCGGAUUCGGAGGAUUAUCCGUCAAUCAGAGACUCGGACUCAGAAGGCGAAGAGAGUGAUUCCUCUGGAGAUGAGGGUGUUAUCAACACAAGCGACAAUGAUGGCGCGGCCAGUGAUUCUGGUGAUGAUGAUGAUGAAAGUGAUAGCUCUGAACUUGGUGAGGGAGUUGAGGAGAGUGAUUCAUCUGAGGAUGAGGUGGUUCCUCGAAAUACUGUUGGUGAUGUUCCCUUGGAGUGGUAUCGGGAUGAGAAACAUAUUGGUUAUGACAUUAAAGGGAAGAAGAUAAAGAAGAAGGAAAAAGAAGAUAAGUUGCAAUCCUUUCUUGCUAGUGCUGACGAUUCAAAGAACUGGCGCAAAAUUUAUGAUGAAUAUAACGAUGAGGAAGUAGAACUGACAAAAGAAGAUAUCAAAUCGAUUAGUAGACUACUUGAAGGAAAGGCUCCACAUGGUGACUUUGAUCCAUAUGCGCCGUAUGUUGAUUGGUUUAAAUGGGAUGACUCCAAGCAUCCACUGUCAAAUGCACCUGAACCCAAGAGACGAUUCAUUCCUUCAAAAUCAGAAAGUAAACUGGUUAAUAAGAUUAAGUUGGCCAUUCGCAAGGGUUUAAUUAAGCCUAAAAAGUCUAAAGAGGAAGAAGAAGAUGAAGAAAGUGUUUAUCCAUUGUGGGAAGAUGACUCUAAUUCAACGGAAAAGAAUAACCAUCUAACUUACAUUCCUGCACCAAAGCCAAAGUUGCCUGGCCAUGAGGAGUCCUUCAAUCCAUCUUUAGAAUACAUCCCAACACAAGAAGAGGUCAACUCUUACCAGUUAAUGUAUGAAGAAGACCGUCCUAAAUUUAUACCUAAAAGGUUUGCAAAUAUGAGAAGCAUCCCUGCAUAUGAGAAUGCUGUGAAGGAAUGCUUUGAGAGAUGUUUGGAUCUAUAUUUGUGCCCUAGAGUCCGAAAGAAACGUCUUAAUAUAGACCCUGAAUCUCUCAAGCCCAAGCUACCAAGCCGAACUGAACUUAAGCCUUACCCUGUAGCAUGUUAUCUUGAGUAUAGAGGCCACGAGGAUGCAGUUACAUCAGUCUCUGUAGAAGCUUCAGGGCAGUGGAUUGCAUCAGGUUCAUUGGAUGGAACUUUGCGUAUUUGGGAGGUUGAAACUGGUAGAUGUGUCAAAAUCUGCGAUAUUGGUGAAGCCGUCAAAUAUGUGGCUUGGAAUCCUAACCCUGAGCAUUCUAUAGUGGCUGUCUCGGCGGGACAAGACAUACUUCUUUUGAACCCUGGUUGUGGGACGGAAGAAGUACAGAAAAGAACUAAAGAACUUCUCUCUGUUGAGAUGCCCAUGCCUGACGACUCUGCAUCCAGUGUAAGCUGGCUUCAUGAUGAUAAACUUGAGGGAAUCAGAUUAAGGCAUUCCAAGACCGUGGCUUCAGUAGAGUGGCAUCGUAAAGGAGACUACCUUUCAACAGUGAUGCCAGCGGGUGAAUCAAGAGCUAUUUUUAUACACAAGCUCUCUAAGAAGUUUACCCAGACACUUUCAUUCAAGUUGCAUGGGGUUGCAGUUACUUCAGUUUUCCAUCCUACAAGGUCUUUCUUCUUCAUUUCAACAAAAAAGAUUAUUCGUGUUUAUGAUCUGGUGAAGGAUGGAAAACUUGUCAAAAAGCUUGAGACUGGACUUCGUGAAGUCUCCUCUAUUGCAGUUCAUCCUUCUGGUGAUCAUAUAAUUGUGGGAAGCAGAGAAGGAAAAUUAUGUUGGUUCGACAUGGACCUUUCAUCUAAACCUUACAAAACUCUCAAGUUGCAUCAGAAGGACAUCAACAAUGUAUCUUUCCAUCGUUUGUACCCGCUGUUUGCUACAUGCUCUGAUGACUGCACUGCUUAUGUUUUUCAUGGAAUGGUUUAUUCAGAUCUUAACCAGAACCCUCUUAUUGUUCCAUUGGAAAUACUCCGAGGUCAUACAAGCUCAAAUGGGAGAGGUGUAUUGGACUGUAAGUUCCAUCCAAGGCAGCCAUGGUUAUUCACUAGCGGCGCAGACUCGGUGAUUAGACUUUAUUGCAAUUGAUAGGAAAAGAAAGGUAACGGCCUUUAAUUGGUGCCCGUAUAUGGAUCCAACUGCUUGGAUCUGAAUCUUCUACGGUCUACAAAUAUUUUGCUUAAUUGUUGUAUGUACCAUGUGUUGACCGAAAUGGUUCGAUCAUAAUUUUGACGGUAUACAACUAAUUCGUCUUUUUCUCCUUUAUAUUUAAUUGAAAUUCCGUUGCGUGUUCCUCGUUA